CAGAUAGCCUCAGUCGCAGGGACUUACAUUAUUGAUACCAUAUCAUUGCCAGACACCAGCAUCGAGGUCUCAUUGAAACGUCAAUAUCUAAUGGAUUCGAAUGUGAUGGAUAUCCUUUCCUAGACCUAUCAACCUAAGCAUCCACAUCGACUACUGGACUAUCAUCAGCCGGAGCCGCAUGCGCCCCCCCUCGAGGCACCAUGCCCGACGAGAAGCCCUACAAAUACGAGAACCUCCCUAUACCUACAUAUGACGAAGCGACGUCCUCUCGGUCCCCUACACCUGCAACGUCGCGGCCGAACGAAGCAAGCAAUAAUGAAGAGCGUCAAGGGCUUCUGGGCGACGAAGCCCGGCUCCCUGUACCAACACGACGCAUAGGUUACCGCCCGCCUCCCACGGAGGAUGACGAAUCUCGGCGAGACAGCUUGGACUCUCUCGAAUUCCUUGGAUCAGAUGAAGGAAGAGAUUCAAUGGCGGCGGAGGAUGCAGAGAUGCGGCGAGAAAUGGACGAGAUGGAGAUAGAGGAGCCCCCAGCAGAACAAUCCCGCUGGGGAAAGCGCAUAUCCAGUAUCUCCCAGUCAUUACACUUUCCGUUUAAGUUUCGGCUGCCGAAGUGGAAGUUCAAGAUGCCGGAAAUGGACGCUUCGAUCUUCAUACUACUGGCCCGGAUGUUUGCGCUCCUUGUAGUAGUAGGGCUGGCCUACCUACUCUUUAUGAGCGACUUUUUCUCGAAUGCGUCACGUCGCAUGGGGGGUCAAAUGUUUGACCCAGGUCGUGUGAGGGAGUGGCUACAAGAGCAGAUUGAUUCGGAGAAGAUAAGAGACAACCUCGAACAUCUCACAGCUUACGACCAUCUUGCUGGAACACAAGGUGACUUUGCGCUAAGCAACUGGAUUCAGCAGCAGUUCCUCAAUGCUGGGCUAGAAAACGUAGUAAGAGACAGAUACGAUGUAUAUCUAAACUACCCAAAGGCUGGCGGGCGUGCAGUGGAGAUUUUGAACGCGGAUGGCUCGGUCAAGUGGAAGGCAAAGCUCGAAGAGGAUAAUGUGUACCCAGAAGAAAGGAGGCAGCAAGCCCUGGCUUUCCAUGGCCAUUCAAAGUCAGGACACGUAAAGGGCCCGUUAAUAUAUGCCAAUUUUGGGUCAAGGGAGGAUUUCAAGCGAUUGAAGGACAGCGGGAUCGACACAAAGGGCGCGAUUGCAUUGGUGAAAUAUUACGGGUCUCAAGGUGACAGGUCCUUGAAGGUUAAGGCUGCGGAACAAGCGGGUUUUGCGGGAUGCAUCAUCUACAGCGAUCCUGCCGAAGAUGGGUUUGUCAAGGGGAAGGCCUGGCCCGAUGGGAGGUUCAUGCCGGCCGAUGGUGUUCAGAGGGGUUCAGUCAGCUUGAUGAGCUGGGUAAUUGGAGAUGUUCUGACACCUGGUUGGGCAAGUGUUAAGGGUGCAAAGCGUUUGCCAGUAGCAGACAACCCCGGCCUUAACAAGAUCCCCAGCAUUCCUCUAGCUUGGCGUGAUGCCCAAAUCCUCCUGCAAUCUUUGAAGGGCCACGGGCAAGCCGUACCUCCAGAAUGGAAGGGUGGCGUGCCAGAUGUCGAAUGGUGGACUGGAGACCUGUCGUCGCCAGUGGUUCACCUCAAGAAUGAACAGGAUGAGGUUGAGCAACAGCCAAUCUGGAACGUCAUCGGGCGAAUUCAAGGAGUUGAGCAAAGCGAGAAGUCAAUUAUCAUUGGUAACCAUCGCGAUGCAUGGGCAUAUGGUGCCGCUGAUCCAGGAUCUGGGACAGCUAUACUUAUCGAAAUGGCCCGAAUUUUCGGAGAGCUUAAACGCCAUGGGUGGCGGCCUCUACGAACCAUUGAAUUCGCCAGCUGGGAUGGAGAGGAGUACAACCUUAUUGGCUCUACUGAAUACGUCGAAAACAAUAUCGACAAGCUACGGGCGAAUGGAGUUGCCUAUAUAAACGUCGAUGUAGCAGUCAGCGGACAGGACUUCCAAGCCUCUGCUUCUCCUGCGUUUGAAGAGGUUAUCCGUGUUGUCAUGGACCGAAUCAAUAACCCUGUGCGAAACGGCAGUACGUUACUGCAGCUCUGGGAGGAGUCUAAAAGCAAACUCGAGGGCCUCGGCGCUGGGAGUGAUUACGUAGCAUUCCAAGACAUCGCAGGUGUAUCGUCUAUUGACAUUGGAUUUUCCGGCGAGCGGUUCCCAUACCACUCUGUAUACGACAACUUUGAGUGGAUGGAAAAGUUUGGCGACCCUGGUUUCCUAUACCAUCAUAUGCUAUGCCAAGUCUGGAGUUUACUUGUUCUAGAAAUGGCGGAUAACCCAAUUCUUCCAUUGAGUAUGCCUUCCUACGCCACUGCUAUUGGGAAGUAUGUUGAGGAUCUCAAUCAAUGGGCCGGAUCCAAGGGGGCGAACCAAGCCGGUAAACCGAAGUGGGACAUCGAACCGCUUCGUGCCGCUGCCCUUAAAUUCAAAGGGGAUGCAGAACGAUACAGGUCUUGGGAGACGUACUGGAGGAAUUUUAUAAACAACAAUGGAGGCUAUGAGCAAAUGGAUGUAAGCAUCAUUCGACAAAGCUACAACAACCGCGCUUCAGAUUUCGAGACUCUCCUUCUGGACUUAGAGGUUGGAGGUGGAGUUCCCGGCCGUGAACAAUUCAAACACGUCCUGUUUGCUCCUCAAGCCUGGUCUGGGUACGACGAGUCAUUUUUCCCUGCCAUCCGCGACGCUAUUGAGGCCGGCGAUUGGAAAGCUGCCGAGAAAGCUGUCGGAACAGCAGCCAAGCUUCUCACGAUAGCCAGCGAGCAAUUGGUUGAGGGAGACCUGUGAUGACUGGGAGGCUUUAUAUUUUGUAUUUGUUUGUCAUUUAGCGGGAUCUUGUGACUUUCCCGCAGUCAUUGCACCUGUAUAGUUUCUUUGGGUAGCAGCAGGCGUUGCAUAGGUGGCGUUAGCAUAUCUUGUUCUUUAUAGGGAUGCCAGGAAGGUUUCAUUGUGUUCAUUGUUCGAUAGUUACAUAGAGAGAAGCUUGACGCUGCGUGGGUGGAUAUGGCUGAUUAGAGCCUACGCCCUUGAAAGAAUGAAUAUAUUACCUUGGCAUCCCUUGUCGCAAUUGUUUCUUAUAGCC